AUGGGGCGUUCAGAUCACCCAGUGAUAUACCAUCCAAAUGGAGUUGUAUCUCAUCAAGCCCCUCCGCGACCACAAGUGGUAAUGCCCAGGCCAUUACAUGCUGGCGUCAGCUAUAUGCAGCAUGCUCCUAGUUUAAACUUGGCCGUUCCUAUAAGAGAGCCAACGCCCGAGCCACAAAUUGUUUCAAAAAGUGAAGCAGAAGAUGUGGCUGAGCCUACCACCGCCAAUGACGAUGACGAUGGCCUGGAAGAUGGCGAAAUUGACAUACAGAUAAGGAACGUGGUUUGUAAUUACACACUUCCUCUACAUAUUGAUCUUCGGAAGCUCGCACUUUGUACAAACAACGUCACUUUCGACCGUGGCCGUGGAGUACUUUUGAAACAAAAACGUAACCCCAAUUGCUAUGUCAAAAUAUACAGUUCUGGAAAAGUGUAUAUUGUGGGUUGUAAGAGUGAAGCUGAUUGUAUGACUGCUUCACGAUCAGUUGCUCGUAGAGUUCAAAAAGCAAUGCAGAAGCUACAUGAAUCAGUAAAAAUACGAAACUUCAAGGUGUGUAACGUGUUGGCCACAUGUCGCAUGCCUUUCGGAAUCAAAAUUGAAGAGUUAGCUCAAAAAUAUCCUGCUCAAUCCCAAUAUGAACCUGAGUUGUCUGUGGGUCUAGUCUGGAGGUCAGAACAGCCCAAAGCAACCUUAAGGAUACACACAACAGGCAGUAUAACAGUCACUGGAGCAUCAUCCGAAGCUGAUGUUAUGCAGGCGAUUGAGAAUAUUUAUCCGAUAGUCCGGCAGUUCCGUUGUGCGAUGCGUCACAGAGAGAACCAACCAGCGAAAACUGUUAGAAAGCGGAUAGCUCCGUCCGUUCCGAGACAACCACCUGUCAAACGUUUUAAUAAUUCCCCUCCCCAACGUACUUCUGGAUUGAUAGGUAAUAGGGUAUACUUUAGUGAUGAAGAUGACGAUUACGAUGAUGAUAUGGAAGACGUUGUUUAA